GCGUGUGUUUGUUGUUCUGCCCUCUGAACGAGUAAGACUACACGCCGGGUUAGGCACCAGAUUGGGUAACGGUCCAGUGACGGCACCUGCUCGUACCGAUCAUCUGGAGCCGGAGGAAGACUGAGACCGCUUUAAUACGACAAAACAUUUUGGCUGGCAGUUGAUCCAAGACGAGAGAUUUGGACCUAAAAAAUGCCAACCAUGAAAGACAAGAGAAAAGAAUACCUGACUGUGAAGGACCUGCAGAAGGUUUUGGACUCAUGUAAGCUACACCUCAAUCAAAUCGAUGAAGUGUGGCCCAACAUAUACAUAGGAAAUGUGGCAGUAGCCCAAAACAAGGCCGCCCUGCUGAAAUUAGGUAUAACUCAUGUGUUAAACGCUGCUCACUCCAAGCGAGGCAGCGUAGGGAACCAAGGCUUUUAUGGCAACGACUUUGUGUAUUUUGGCAUUCCAGCAGACGACUCGACUCACUUUGAUCUGGAUGUUUACUUUCAGCCCGCGGCAGAUUUUAUUCAUAAAGCUCUGAAGUCACCUGGCGGGAAGGUGCUGGUGCACUGCAUCAUGGGAAUGAGCCGCUCGUCGACCUUGGUGCUGGCCUACCUCAUGAUCUACCACCGCCUUCCGCUCAAACAGGCUUUGCAGAAACUGAUCCAGAAGAGGGCCAUUUACCCCAACAGGAAUUUCCUGGCUUUGCUGCUGGAUCUGGAUCUGCAGCUGACAAAGAAAAAGAAAUCGUGCCAGAUCCUGUGAUCCAGAGGCGUUUUACGCAUCCGCAGCCAAAGCAGCUGUGUGGCUUCUUGGCGCGACGCUGUCAAGCUGUUUGUUGACCCGGGCGCUGCAAACCGAGACAUUUCUACUGAAAAUCCACAGCCGUGGAGUGCGGUUUAACAGAUGACAGAAUUACGUUGAGA